AUGUCAAUGGGAGCCGAGGCAUGGGAGGAGCUUCUUGAUGAAACGAUUCUCUCAAGAAGUACGGAGAAUUCUUCAAAUAAUGUUGGUUCAGACAGAAAUAGUACUAAUCAUUCGAAUCGAGUACAAUCUAAUACUACGAAAGUCGAGAAGAAGGUGAUUGCCAGGCACUACAGAGGGGUGAGGAGGCGACCAUGGGGAAAGUACGCGGCAGAAAUAAGAGAUUCAUCAAGAAAGGGAGCUAGAGUUUGGCUUGGAACUUUUGAAACAGCUGAAGAAGCAGCAAUGGCUUAUGAUAAGGCUGCUUUAAGAAUUAGAGGCCCCAAGGCAUACCAAAAUUUUCCACUUGAAAUAGUGGGUAUGGCUUCUUGUGAUCAAACAAUAGAUUCCACUGAUACUUUUCUGGCUAAGGAUUCCUAUGAUCAAAACAAUAUGAAUUUUUCAUCAUCUUCCUGGCCAAUAGAUUCAACGGAUACUUUUCCGGGGUGUUCUGAUACACAGAAAAGGAAGUGGGGGACGGAAUUGGAUUCGUUUAACUGUGAACAACCAGCACAAAAGAGAAUGAUAAGCAGUUGGGAAAAUGAGAUGUUUAUGAGUAAUAUUGAUGUGUUAGAGUUUCAAGACCUUGGAAAUGAGUAUUUGGAGAGUUUACUGUCCAGUUUAUGA